CAGACUUGGGGGUUUGGUACUUUUGUCACGCGCCCUCCCUUAUAUCUGGAAUUAAAUGAAGCUUCAGCCAUUUUUCCCUUUGAACUCCUGAAAUCUCGGCUGAGGCGGCGAAACGUCAUGAGAAAGAGAGAGCUCGCACUGGUCAUGCUGGUCACAAGGUCAAGGGUGCUCGCCCUUAUUGUUCUCCGACACAAACGUUUAGCCACACAACCAUCCCAGCUGUAUCUAGUAUCGGAACAGCACCAAAACGGCAAAGAACACAAACGAGAAGAGCCAAAAAGAGCAGUCUUCUCCGUCCAGAAGGAUACCCUUGUCAGAAAGCCUUAACGAACAAGCACACGGAGAGAAAGGAUGCCCAAGAACAAGGGAAAGGGUGGAAAGAACAGGAGAAGAGGCAAGAACGAGAACGAUGAUGAGAAGCGAGAAUUGGUAUUCAAGGAGGAUGGUCAAGAGUACGCACAGGUCCUCAAGAUGCUCGGAAACGGUCGUGUUGAAGCCCAGUGUUUCGAUGGGACCAAGCGACUCGCCCACAUCCGUGGCAAGAUGAGGAAGAAGGUCUGGAUCAACCAGGGGGACAUUGUCCUGCUCUCUCUGCGGGACUUUCAGGAUGACAAGGCGGAUGUGAUCGUCAAGUACACUCCUGACGAGGCACGUAAUCUGAAACAAUACGGUGAAUUGCCGGAUACUGUCAAGGUCAACGAGAACGAGACUGCCUAUGGCGAGGAAUCAGGGGACGACGUCUUGUUCGAGGAGGACGAGAUCGACGACAUUUAGAGAGCGGGGGGGAGUUUGGAAGUGGCCCACGGCAAGAGAGUUGGAGGCGGAUGGGGGAAGAGCAGAGAAGAUUUCCUUUUCUUUGUUUUGUUUUGUUGGACGACUUGUUUGCAGAUUCGAUUCGAUAAUUCAUCAUUUGAACCCUUC